UGGUGGUGAUGGUGAUGAGUGUCGCGUUGUGACACGGUUGCGCGGUGCGGUGCGACGCAGCUUCCGGCAACCCGUCGGGCUGGCUGACUGCGGGGUUAUGAAGAAGAAGAAGAAGAAGAAGACGGCGGGGGGGGGGUACGGCCCGUCAGCAUCCAGCCCCGGCCCGUAGGACUAUGGCGGCGCCCACGGCUCGUUUGGACGACGGCCGGCCGAGUUUAUGUGCAGAUGUGCCGCCGACAGGAGCUGCCGCAGCCGCCGCCGCCGCCGCCGCAGAGACGCUCCUCCCGACGGCUUGCGUUGCUAAUGAUGAUGAUGAUGAUGAUGGUGGUGGGCGACCUCCGGGGUCCCCGGGGAAAAGCGGCGGCGCUUUCGCGUCCACGGUGGACCUGGUGGACUAUUUCGACGGGACUUUGUCUUUGUGCUUCGGGGACGGGAGCCCCGCAAGCCCCGCAAGCCCCGCAAGCCCCGCGGCGGGCAACAGCGACGCCGUGACGGCGAUCACCGAGGAAAUGCUUGUGCGAGGGGACGAGAUCCGGAAUGCCUUAACGAAAAGCUACGGGCAGACGAUGCCGACGGAUUGGAAACAUUCCCGAACUCGCUCCCUCCACGCGCCCGCAUGCAACCCGGAGGAGAUGGCGAGUCGCCGGACGAGCGACGUCGCGGCGGAUGCGUCCGAAGCGGAGGAGCUGAGGGAACAGCUGGACAUGCACUCCAUCAUCGUCUCGUGUCUCGGCGAGGAACCGCUCUUCACAGCCGAGCAGGUGAUCGAGGAGCUCGAGGAGAUGAUGCAGGACUCGCUUGACUUUGAAGCCGAGCGCGAUCCUUCGCAGUCUGACUUGUCCGGGAUCUCUUGGGAUGCUGAGCGACCCGGAAGAAGUCGCAGCUACGAAGAAAGAGUGUGUCGGCUAAACGUGACGGCGCUGAACGAGCGUCUGGAGGCGACGGAGCUCGCCGUCAGGAGGCUCUCGGAGGAGCUGGUGCAGCAUCUGGCUCUCCGGGACGAGCUGGACUUCGAGAAGGAGGUGAAGAACACGUUCAUCUCGGCGCUCAUCGACCUGCAAAACCGGCGGAAGGAGCGCGGCGAGGCGCUGAAGAAGAAGAAGAAGAAGCCGAAAGGGGCGGCGGCAAUGUCGCAGGGCCGCGCCGACAAGCCGCUCGGAUCGCGUUUCAGCGUGGCGGGCCUCUCUUCUGUUAUUCAAAACAGCUUUCGCCAAACAUUCGGGAGCGCGCGCAGUGAAAGACAGUAUUUGACCACCGUCAUCCCGUACGAAAACAAAGGACGCCCUCCUUCCGUCGAGGAGCUCCAGAUCCUGAUCAAAAUUCUGCAUGCGAUGAGGGACGACAGCGACAAGGUUCCAGCUCUCUUAACGGACUACAUUCUCAAAGGUGGGCCUUUCUCCAACUUCAUUUUCCACGGCUCAUUUUGCAUCUGCAUUGCACAAUAUGUCUGUUGUGGUCGGUUUAGUUUACAUUGGUGAACUGGCUGUGUUGUAUCGGCCUCUGCUCUUUAGCUUACCCUUCUUAGCAACCUGAAAACGAUCCAGGGUGACCUUUGACCCAAUUGCGGUACUUGGAAGGUCGACCAGAAUACAACAAAGUUCCAGCGAUAAAAAACAAACCCAAAAAAAGUCACCAUCUCGAACUGUGUUGAAAGCCAAAGAGAAAAAGUGUGUUUUAACAGAGGACUUAAAAACAGGAAGUGAACCGGUCUGUCUAAUUAAACAAACGAGAAAUGAAUGAAACGAACAAAUGAGAAAUGCUGCGUUUCUCAUUUUUAACAUUCACCGUGACGUAAGAGUAAAAUAAAAGCAACCAUGUCAAACGUGACAACAUCGUUCCUACAUACGAACAAAACUACAUUUUGAUCAUCGAGUCCUGAGCAUAUCGUCAUUGUCGGGCGGAGACCUCCUCUAUCCAAAUUUAGUCAAUUCCAUAUUUUGUUUCACAAAUUGAAACUAUUGGUCAGUCCUCCUGUGGGUCUGUUUUUAUGUAUGUAUGUAUUUAUUUUAGUAUUUUUUUUACAAAUUAUUGGCCAAUCUAAUUACUUUCUUCUUCCUUCUUUGACCAAAAACAAAAAGUGUGACAAAGGCAAAGGCACAUGCAGAGAUGAUGAUGGCUAAAACGCUGCACCGAUGAUAUCACAUUCCAUUGAAAGGCAUCUUUUCCCCCCCCAAAAUGUGGAAUGUUGGAAAGGGUAUUUUGCGUGACAAACAUCCCUUGUACUUGCAAAUGUGUCCCGUUCGGUCUCCAUUUUGUCUCGUCCUUUGUGUUUGCACUCUUGAUUUAUGCUCUUAACGCUGCCUCCCAUUCGCUAGCUGCGGUGUGAGCGCCAGCCGGCCGGGGGAGGUUCGUGACCUUUCUUCGUGUGUUGUUGCUCACUGUGGCGCGCCGUCCCUUUUCCACACUGUAACUAACUGUGGCGCACUUUGACCCCAGUUUUCCCACUUUGCGCUUGGAUGCUUUAUUUGGCGUUUAACGACUGAAUGUGACACACUUCCGCGAUUGGAUGUCUCGUUUUUCAUCAACCCGUGGCAUACGCGAAAUGUAAAUACUCACUGGCACAACGUUCGCUACAUUUGCACCCUCUAAUGUGAUCGAAUACAUUCCAAGAAGAGCUGUAUCAAACAUUUAGCGUUUUCAAUUUAGGCCCAGAAAUCUUAAUUUAACAAUAUGUUUAUUGCGGUUGCACUGAUGUAGAACUGCAUUCUAAUUGCAGCAAAUGACCUCAGCGUAAACUACACUCACAAUAAUAAAACUAUUGCUAAAUCAACUCUUUUCUGACAGCGUGGUAUUUUAGCUGGAGCUCUUGUAUCGGAUGUCAUUCAAUGUAUUGUGGUUGGUGAAUGUGUAUUUGAAUCGGUGUAUUAUAAUGUUUUUCCCAAUUCCCCGCCGCUUUAUUUUGCCACGUGUUGGUUUUUACCACGGACUCCGCGCUGAGGCCUCACACAUCACUCUGCUAAUAUUGAUCUGCUGUUCCAGUGCUUUGCCCAACGUAGCCUGGAGGGAUGGAGCCGCCGAACGCCGAGGCUCCAGAUGAUCAAGAUGAUUGGUUUUCCCAAAGAUAAAGCACAAUUAUGUAGCGAUUGCUUCAUUUCUGCAUGUUGUUUCCUCGAGAUGUGCCCCAGUGUUUUAUUCAUUUACUCGUAUUCCUUGUGAUUUUUGAUGCGUCUGUGUUAGUUUGGAUUCUUAACCUCUUUUGAUAUUUAUUUCUUGUCCAAGGAAUAUGCCUGAGUAGCAAUGCGAGCAAUGUAGCUGCUCUGCUUGUGCGAUGCCAAGGGCUUUGCAUUCAUCCAAAAGUGCUUACAACCUGGUGAGCAAUGAUCGAAUGUGCACAAAGCGCGACGGGGCUUCCGGCCUAAUCUACGCAGAGGUCUAAUUGACAGACUGACUAUGCAUUGGAGUGAUAAUUAGUACUGUUGACCCAAGCACGGCCACCACUUUUGGUGUACCAGACACACGGGUGUCGAUGUGCCUGCUGUGCACGGAGCAGUAAAUACUGCAGGACUUCUCCUCGUGGAUGUAUUGUAUACACGCUGCCUUUCUAACUUUUUUUGUACACUGUAAAAGACGUAUGAAUCAGUGAAUGUCGUAUUCCUAGACAAUGUGUUUCCUGAUUCAUUGCUCAUUUGUUUUGCAAAUGUUUCAUUUGAAAUAUAUUUAUAAGACCACAUCCUCGUUGGUGUCUGUGAUUUU